AUGCUGCAUGUUCGCACGGCUUCCGGGGAGGAGGUAGCUUCUCUCAGCGGAGAUAACUUUCAGACAGGGCUGGACCUGAAACGACACUUACGUACGCUGCACGGCUAUCCCGUGUCCUUGCAAAAGCUCGUGUACGACGGCAGAUUGCUGGAUGAUGAUGACGUGGAUGUGCCGGAAGUCGGAGAGGUGCAACUCAUACUCCUGGCCAAAGCAAACGAGGAAGUGGACUCGGAGAUGUGGCACACCGCCGGACGUGAGCUUGUGGCCUAUGCUGGCCGACAUGGCCAUCUGGAGUCAGCUCGGUUUCUGCUGCGGGCAGGAGUAGACAAAGACUACUACUGUGACUUCGAAGAUGCGGCUGCCCUCACGCUGGCAGCUCGUCAUGGACACAGUGAGAUGGUCCGCCUACUUGUGGAUGAAGGUUCAGACUUUAAGGAAGCCGGUCUCUUGGCGGCCGCCAUGGCAGGCCACGCGCAGGUUGUGCGCCUCUUGUUGGAUGCUGAUGCUUGUGAGGACGAUAUAGCUCUCACAAGGCGCGCGCUCCAGGAUGCGGUGUUCUUCGGGCACGCUGAAGUGGUGCGAUUGCUGGUUGAAGCUGGUGCUAAACCAGAUUGGCAGGGUUAUCAUGAUGGCAGAACGGCUCUAAUGCGUGCAGUAGCUAGGGGGCACACUGAGAUUGCACGUUGCCUGGUGGAUGCUGGUGCCAACAAGGACUUGCGGAACACUGCGGGUGUGACAGCUCUCAUGCUUGCAGCGGUCUACGGCCACACAGAGAUUGCCCGGCUGCUGGUGGAAGCUGGCGCUGACACGGAGGUGGUCGAUAGUCAAGGCAGGACGGCUCUCGAGCACGCAAGACUCCGAACACGCCGAAGCCAUGCCAAGAUUGCAGCCUUACUCCAAGAAGCGACUCAUAACGCGUCAGGCACGAAAGUAAAGCGACCGCGUCUUUGA